AAGCCUCCUAAAUUUAAAACCCUCAAAAACAAUGCCAUUAUCAUAGUAUUUAAGCAAACCUUAAUGUUUCAGACAUAAAUGAAUAAACCCCACAAAGAUAACAUCUUUACCUCUUCUCCUUCACCAAGAAAACACCUAAAAACAUUCAUCAUGCCUUCUCUUCAUUUUCUUGUUGAAGCACUAUUCUUUUUCAUUUUCUUGCAGUCUAAAUAUUGUUUCUCUUCAAAACAAGCUUCACUCAUUUUGCCUCUCAAAACCCAGAGACACUCUCAUAUCUCCACCGCAAGAAAGUACUUCACCGCCGCCACCGCCUCCUCCACCACCAACAAGCUGUUAUUCCACCACAAUGUUUCUUUGACAGUCUCUCUUACAGUUGGUUCACCUCCACAAAAUGUUACAAUGGUUCUUGAUACAGGUAGUGAACUUUCUUGGCUUCAUUGCAAGAAGACACAAUUCUUGAACUCAGUUUUUAAUCCUCUUUCUUCUAAAACUUACUCUAAAGUACCGUGCUUAUCUCCUACUUGCAAGACCCGAACCCGUGACCUUACCAUACCCGUUUCUUGCGACGCAACCAAACUCUGCCAUGUCAUUGUCUCCUACGCUGAUGCCACCUCCAUUGAAGGCAAUCUUGCUUUUGAAACUUUUAGACUCGGGUCUUUGACUAAGCCCGCAACAAUUUUCGGGUGCAUGGAUUCAGGGUUCAGUUCAAAUUCCGAAGAGGAUUCCAAAACAACCGGGUUAAUUGGCAUGAACCGUGGGUCAUUAUCAUUUGUUAACCAAAUGGGCUAUCCGAAAUUCUCAUAUUGCAUAUCGGGUUUUGACUCGGCCGGUGUUUUACUUCUCGGGAAUGCCAGCUUCCCUUGGCUUAAACCGCUAAGCUACACUCCACUAGUCCAAAUAUCGACACCAUUACCUUACUUCGAUCGUGUUGCUUACACGGUCCAACUAGAAGGCAUUAAGGUGAAGAAUAAAGUUCUAUCACUACCAAAAUCGGUUUUCGUACCGGACCACACCGGUGCGGGACAAACAAUGGUUGACUCGGGUACCCAGUUCACAUUCUUACUGGGUCCGGUUUACACAGCUCUAAAAAACGAGUUCUUAUCGCAAACCAGAGGGAUUUUGAAGGUUUUAAAUGACGAUAAUUUCGUAUUUCAAGGGGCAAUGGAUUUAUGCUAUUUACUAGAUUCAUCUCGGCCGAAUUUGCAAAAUCUACCGGUAGUUAGUUUGAUGUUUCAAGGAGCCGAGAUGAGCGUAUCGGGUGAGAGGCUGCUGUAUCGGGUACCGGGUGAAGUUAGAGGGAGAGAUUCGGUAUGGUGCUUCACAUUUGGGAACUCUGAUCUGCUGGGGGUGGAAGCAUUUGUGAUAGGUCAUCAUCAUCAACAAAAUGUUUGGAUGGAGUUUGAUCUUGAAAAAUCUAGGAUUGGACUUGCUGAUGUUAGGUGUGAUGUUGCUGGUCAAAAGCUUGGAUUGUACAUGUAAAAAAGAAAAAGUUGUAAUGAAUGAGAAUGGUAGGGACAGAUGUACAUAUACAUGAAGAUCUAUGGACUCAUUUUUCAGCUACACAAAAUAUUUUUGGAUUAGGACUUUUGAUGGACAACCCAAUGCACAAAUGCUCAGUUGGUGGGGGUUUUCUGUUCUCAUUCCCCCUCAGGAGAUGGAAAUGUUUUUGUUUACCAACAAGGGAAAUGGGGGAAUCAGCUAUGGAAUUAUAUAUAUAUUUACUAUCGGAUUAAAUUAGCGAAUGCAAUUAAUACUAUAAGCAUGAUUAUAUGUACAUGAUUAUAAAUUUUUGAAGGAGUUAAUAUGAUUUCUUACAGAA